AAAUACCUAAGUAGAAAUCAUUAUAUGCUCAACCAAUAUCAAAUUAAGCUCUUUUAAGGGUUAUCAAGUCUUCCCCUUUAUAGCACACAACUACUAUCACAAAUACCAUUUAGAUUCUAUAUAUAUAUAUAGAUAUAUAGAUAUGGAGGGUGCAAAGGAACAAUUACAAGCUCCUACAUAUGGAGAUUUAAUCACCAUACUUAGCAUUGAUGGUGGUGGAAUAAGAGGGAUCAUCCCUGGAACCAUACUUGGUUUCUUAGAAUCUCAACUUCAGGAACUGGACGGUGAAGAUGCAAGACUAGCAGAUUACUUCGAUGUGAUAGCAGGGACCAGCACCGGCGGCUUGGUGACAGCCAUGCUAACUUGUCCGAACGAAAAGAAUCGACCAUUAUUUGCUGCCAAAGACAUUAAAGACUUUUACCUAACUAAUUGUCCUAACAUAUUUCCUCAACCAGGAUGUCCAUUGUUUUCUCGAACAACAAAAGUUAUCAAAGCUCUAUCGGGACCAAAAUAUGAUGGCAAGUUCUUACAUAACAUUGUUAAAGACAAGCUAGGAGAAACAAGGUUGCACCAGACAUUAACUAACGUUGUUAUCCCAACAUUUGAUAUCAAGCAUCUCCAGCCAGCCAUUUUUUCAAGCUAUCAGGUGAAGAAAAAACCUACUUUGGAUGCCUUGCUCACAGACAUAUGCAUAGCAACCUCAGCUGCACCAACAUAUCUCCCUGCCCAUUACUUUAAAAUCCAAACCGACAACGGGGACGUGAGAGAAUAUAACCUCAUUGAUGGUGGUGUGGCUGCAAAUAACCCGACUUUAGUGGCAAUGGGGGAAGUGAGCAAGGAGAUCAUUAAGGGAAACCCUGAUUUUUUUCCAACGAAACCCAUGGAUUAUGGGAAAUUUCUGGUUAUUUCAUUGGGGACUGGCUCUAAAAAAGACGAAAAGAGAUACAAUGCUAAACAGUCGGCGAAAUGGGGUAUGUUAGGGUGGCUAACCAGCGGUGGUUCGACGCCGUUGGUGGAUGUAUUUACUCAAGCUAGUGGAGACAUGGUAGACCUUCACCUUUCUGUAGUAUUUGAAGCUCUUCACUCAGAUAAAUACCUUCGUAUCCAGGAUGACGGAUUAUCUGGGGAUGUAUCAUCUGUUGACAUAGCGACUGCGAAUAAUUUGAAUGAACUGGUGAAAGUCGGUGAGGGACUGUUGAAGAAGCAAGUUUCUAGGGUUAAUUUGGAAACCGGCAUUUUUGAGCCUUUCAAAGAAGAAACUAAUGAAGAAGCCCUUAAAAGGUUUGCGAAACUACUGUCCCAAGAGAGACACCGUCGGCAUCUUAGGUCACCCCAAGGGAAGGCUGAAGCACAAAAAUAUGAAGUUGAAAUUAAAAUUUAGUGGUUUCUCUAUAUUGUAAGCACAAAUAAUUCCAUGAUUUAAUAAAAAUCCCGAAUGGGAUGAUGUUUUGUAAUUCAUUGCUGUUGGAACUUUAUUGAUUUUCUUUGGAUUGAAUGUAUUGCAACAAGAAUAAUAACAUUUCAAUGUGCUAA